GCCCUGAGCCGCUGCCCCGGCGGGUUGUUCUGGGCCCUGGUCUCCACCCGCCUCAGCGGCCGAGGGUCGUUGCAGCUGCUCGCCGGGGUCCUCCUUCCUGCUGCUCGGGGGAAGGAGCCUUUUAGUCUCGCCCCGGCUGUGUCUGGCUCCGGCUUCGGGGCCGCUGCCCGUCCUGGCACCGGGACACACCUGGCCACGCUUCCCAGCCUGCCUGGCCCGGCGAACCAGCACAGGGAAUGUCUGACAUGAAGCAAUUGCUCUGGAGUAUCCCUCCCAGCCCCCAGCCCGGAUGAGCAGCCAGAGGAGCAUGCCGCUUCAGAAAUGAGCAGCAUGGACUCCUAUAAAGUGAUGCUGGAUGGGCCGGCGCCCUGGGGAUUCAGGCUGCAGGGGGGCAAGGACUUCAACAUGCCCCUCUCCAUCUCCAGGCUGACCCCCGGUGGCAAGGCAGCCCAGGCCGGUGUGGGAGUGGGCGACUGGGUGCUGAGCAUCGAUGGGGAGAACACCAGAAGCAUGACUCACAUCGAAGCACAGAACAAGAUCCGUGCCUGCGGAGACCAGCUUUCCCUCAGCCUGAGCAGAGUCCAGUGCCUCCUGGGGAAGCCACACAAGGAUUCAUUCCCCUGCUCUCAGCCCCCGAAAUAUAACUUCGUUCCUAGUACUACCCUCAACAAAACGGCACGGCCCUUCGGGGCCAGUCCCACGCCCAACUCGCUGCCUGGGCUGGUGACGAAACCUGUGACGUACUCGGCCCCCGCGCCCGCCUCCACCCCCCAGCACAAUGGGUGCAGAACCCUGACAAGUCAGGUCGGUGCCGGCCCCAGCCCACCAGAGGGGAAAACUCAGCCCCGUGGAGACCUGGGCCGCUCCUAUGUGGAGGAUGAGCACGCUCUGCGGCUAAUGAGCCCCCCAGUCGGCCUGCCCAAUGACUCCAGCAAAAAGCGGCUGAUUGAGGAUACGGAGGACUGGCAGCCUCGUACUGGCACCACCCAGUCCCGCUCCUUCCACAUCCUGGCCCAGCUCACGGGCACAGAGUUCAUGCAAGAUCCAGAUGAUGAGCAUGUUAGAAAAGCCAGCCAGGUGUCUGGGCUGGACCUGUCUUCGGUGACUGUGCUGAAGGUGGAGCCUGAUCACGGUUCUGCAGCCCCCAGGGCCCCAGCUGCUCCAGGCCCUGCCAGCCGCCCGCCCUGGGCUGUGGAUCCUUCCUUUGCUGAGCGCUAUGCCCCCGACAAGACCAGCACCGUGCUGAGCAAGCACAGCCAGCCGGCCAUGCCCACGCCCAUGCAGAACCGCAGCUCCAUUGUCCAGGCCGCGCAGCAGCCCCCCGAGGGCAGCAGCAAAACCCCCAUCUGCUACCAGUGCAACAAGGUCAUCAGGGGCCGCUACCUGGUGGCGCUGGGGCAUUACUACCACCCGGAGGAGUUCGCAUGCUGCCAGUGCAGGAAGGGGCUGGAUGAGGGGGGCUUCUUCGAGGAGGGGGGCUCGGUCUUCUGCCCCAAGUGCUACGACACGCGCUACGCUCCCAGCUGUGCCAAGUGCAAGAAGAAGAUUGGUGGGGAGAUCAUGCACGCCCUGAAGAUGACCUGGCAUGUGCAGUGCUUCACCUGCGCCGCCUGCAGAACUCCCAUCCGCAACCGCGCCUUCUACAUGGAGGAGGGGCAGCCCUACUGCGAGAGAGACUACGAGAAGAUGUUCGGCACAAAAUGCCGUGGCUGCGACUUCAAGAUUGAUGCUGGUGACCGGUUCCUGGAGGCACUGGGGUUCAGCUGGCAUGACACCUGCUUUGUCUGUGCGAUCUGCCAGGUCAGCCUGGAAGGGAAGACGUUCUACUCAAAGAAGGACAAACCCCUCUGCAAGAGCCAUGCCUUCUCCCAUGUGUAAGGGGAGGCUCCAGCUGCCACACCGCACACGUUGGCCCUGCACGCAUCUCUGUCUGCCCCUUCUCUCUUGCUCCAUGGGGCCCCAGGGAGAAGGGGUUGGAGCCACCCCUCUCUCUGCCACCUCUGGCCUGGGCAGCACCUUGCUCUGGCCUACCUUAUAGGCAAAGCUGAGCCUGCUGCUCUCUUGACCCUCAAUGGCCUGUCUUCUCUCUGGAUUAUGUGCCCCCUGCCCCUCUGGUGGUCUCAGCUGGGCCACCUGUCCCCUCCCUUCUGUACCCACAACCAGCUGAGCCAGGCACCUCACCUGGGGGCUAGACCUAUUCCAUGCUGAGCCCAAAGGUGGGAGAGGCUUGCUGGAGCAGGGCUGCUCUGACCCUAAGAGGUGACCAGCCUGGGUGCCAGCUGGAUCUAUCCUUCCCACCCCCUGCCCCAUGCCUGGGACUGGUGCCUCUCACCUAGCUAGGCUGCUAGCUCGCUGGAAGCUGUGGUGUGGAUGAGAGAAUCCUGCAGGGUUGCUCUGUUUCCCUCUUACCAGGGGCCAUGGCUCAGCAUCUCCCUGGCCUUGCUGCAAGCCCCCAGGCUCAUUGUGCAGGGAGCCCUUGCUUCAUGGGCAGGACACAAGUACAGUCCCCGAGCCCAGGCCUGCUUGGUGCCUGCUCUUGGUUGUCCUGGAAGGAGCUAGUCCACACCAGCCACAUGGCCACAGCGAAAACUACUGGCCUUGUUCCCUGCUACCACACAGCUGCUAUCCUUCCUGGACCACACGCCUAUCCUGGCCCCACAGCCCCAUGCUGGGCCUGUGCUGAGAGGUGCGGUGGGUCUCUGCCCCUGGGCUAUCCAGUGCCCUCGGUGAAGGCUUUUCCCAGCUCCAGGCCUACCAUGGCCCAGGCUGAGGCAGACUUGCUGCCCCUGUGGGACUGACCUGGACUCUGCAAACGGGGAGGUGAGGGGAAGCUGAAACCUGUCUGGAAGAGGAAGCCCUUCACCCUGCCUGCAGAAGCUGCUAGCUACUUCACUGGUGGGGCUGCGGGGCAAGGAGCUGGGCCCUCUACGAAACAGGCAUCGACGGGUCAUGACCUGGGAAGUGAGUUUGCUGGCAGCUUGGCCGCCUUGCCCAGAGCUGCCCUGCCUGUGUGGGGCAGUGCUUGGUGUAGCCACAGUGCUUUUAGUGCCUUAAUAAACACGUCUCCGGCAA